AUGGAGUUUGUCACUGGCUACCGGGCAGAGAUUCUGGACUUUGCUGAGUUGCUCUUUGGCUGGUACCGGCGGUUCCUCCUGGACGCAGCCUGCCGCAGGGGCAGCGAGAGGCGCAAGCGACAGGAAGGCUCCCUCCGCCGCUUGCCCCCAGACCCGGCCCUUUGGGUCUUGCAUGUGCUUUGCAACCGGUCGCUGGCGUUCACAAUAGCGGACCCUGGCCAGCAGGCAGGGGGCCGCUUCUACAGUGAGGAGGCUCUGGUGCUGAGGGACCUGGACCGCUUCAUCACCUUCGUGAGCACGGGUGAGGAGGAAGAGCAGGCUGCGACCCCGGAAACAGCCCCGCCUCUCUGGCGCGUGGACCGCCUCUUGCUGCUGACGGAUGAGCACGGCACCAUCCUGGGCUUUGACUUCUUGCUGGGGGGGCCGUGGGGGGCCUCUGGGCAGGAGCCCCUGGAGCCUCGUGCCCUGGCCCUUCUCUGCCACAGCAUGACCUGCCCACUGGGGGCCGGGGAGGCCCGCAGGCCCAGGCUGCUCACCGUGGGAGACCCUGCCUUGCACAAGUCCCUGGAGCCGCUGCUGUCCCGGCUGGGUGUGAAAAUGAGCAAGGGGCCGAUGCGGGGCUGGGGGCCCAAGCCGACGUUCACCUUCCCCACCACUCGCGUGCGAGCCUGCCACGUGUGCAAGCGGCACAGCUUCGAGGGCCAGGUCACCGCCUGGCCUCCUCCGGGCACGCGGGAGGGAGCCCCGCCGCGCCCUCAGCAGGCCUCCCUCUCCCUGCCCCUCCGCAGCCAGCACUGCCGCGCCGUCUUCUACUGCUCCGAGCGCUGCCGCAAGCUCGACUGGAGCCGCAGCCCCGAGGACACCGGGCACCAGGCGUGGUGCCAGCGCAUGGCGGCCUACAUGGGCCGCGCGCGGGAGCUGGCCAGCCUGCCCUUCACCUUCGCCGCGGAGGCCGCGAGCGACAGCUUCAACAAGGAGGUCUUCCUGGCGGCGCGGGGCCUGACCCGCGGCUACUGGGCGGCCGAGAGCAUGCUGGUGCGCGCGCCCGACUACGGCCUGGGCCUGGGCCUGCGCGGCCGGCCAGAGGAGCCGGCGGCCGCCUUCCUGCGCAGCGGUGAGAGCCGGGGCCGGGCCGGGGCCGGGCAGCGUCUGCCUGCCUGCCUGACCGACCGACCGACCGACCGCCUUUUCCUCGCAGGCAACCCCUUCGAGGGCCUGCGGCCGGAAGGAGGGACAGCCCUGCCCGCCGCCCCCGCCGAGCCGCCGGCCCCGCGGGCCUUCUUCGGCUCGUGGAAAGACUACUACCAGUGGCGGGGGCUGCCCCUGGGCGCCCCCCUGGCCGUCCUCCUCAGCUACCCGCUCACUGCCUACUACAUCAUCACCCAGCUGGCCCCCCAGCACUUUCCAGAGCUGAACAUCCUGAACAAGCAGUCCCUCAAGAUCCACGUGGUAGAGGCCGGCAAAGAGUUUGGGGUUCUUAUGGUCUUCUGGGAGCUUUCAGUCCUGCUUCCCCACGUCUCACUGGAGCUGCUGUUUGUGGGGGACACGCUGCCCCCUGAACUGGACGGCCAGCAGUUUCUGCUGCAAAGAGAUGUGAGUCCCGCCUCCCUUCUGAUUUCUCCCAGCAGCUGAGUCUCUGUCCAGUCUGGAUUAGCUGCCAGAUCCAAAGUGGGUCGCAGGGAACUGCAGAUGGGCUUUAGUGCCCGCCCGUACCACCUCUUGCAAGCACCCAAGCCGGACCUGGUAAUUGGAUUCAACUCCGGCUUUGCCCUCAAGGAAACGUGGCUGAGUUCUCUGCCGCGGCUCCAGUCCCUCCGGGUCCCCGCCUAUUUCACCGAAUGCAGCGAAUACAGUUGUGCCGUGGAUGAGGCUGCUGUGUCCAUGGCGACGGGGGGCAGUGCCAGCCCUGCCCACAUGAAUCCCUUCCGUUCACCCUUUCGCCAAGCUGGCAUUGACAAUGCAAUGCCCUGGUACGACAAUGCCUUCGUCUUCCAUCUGAUAUACAAGGCAGCCGCCAGCAACCACCGGCAGGUCCCUGCCCCUCUUUCCCCGCCCCUCCCAGCCAGCGGGAACUCAGAGCCGACACGCAGCCGGCGCAAGGAGAGGAGGCAGAUCCGCACAGGAGGGCGCCGGCGCAAGUGA